CAGGCGAUGCUGGCGAAGGCCCCGCGGUCCUGCAGCUGGAACUUCACCACGGGCGGCGCCGCCGCGGCCUUGGCCCCGGCCCCCUUGACGCUCUCGUAGGCCGGCGGGCGCUUCAUCCCCCCGCAGGGGGCCGGGUGAGCUACAAUCAGGGGGGCACCGUAGCCCCCCAUUUGCCGUGCCGCCUGCGGGGAUGUCGCCGCCCCCGGCUCUGUGUCUGGCCGGAGACCCUGGCACGGGCCCGGCACAGCCUCGGCCCCGGUGAGCCGGCGCGGGGACCAUGAGCGGCGCCCGGAAGAAAAGCAGCUUCCAGAUCACCAGCAUCACCAGUGAGUUUGAGCCGCCGGUGGUGCCGCCCGCCGUGGAGCCGCCAGAGGACACGGCUGCGCUGCGCAAUGGGCCGCCCGGCGCCGCCUCCCGCUUCCGCCUGGUGAAGCUGGACCAGGGCCCGGGCGAGCCCUUCAAACGGGGCCGCUGGACCUGCCUGGAGUUCUACGACCAUGACCCCGAGCACCAGGCCGUGGGGCGGCUCCUGGGUGCCCCCCGGCACCCACAGUCCCUCGACUCCCGCCUGGAGCUGGCUGGGCUGCUGCCCAAGCCCCACGGCUACUCCAGCCUUCUGCCGCCGCGCGGGCACGGCCACUCCCAGGGCACGGCCCAUCCCAGCGAGCAUCUGCCCCACUCGCUGGGGGGCGGGGAGAGGACACCCGGGGGCAGAGCUCACAGCCAUGGGGCUGCUGCAGAGCCGAGCCUGGGGGUCGAAGAGCUGCUGCUGCCCCACAGCCUCGCCCAGCGCAUCCGGAGGGAGGUGGAGGAGAGGCACAAGAUGCCACCCCGAGGCUCCCGCCCCUCAUCCCCGGCCCCCCCAUUCUUCCGGGAAGGGAGCCCCGUCCGGAGGGGGUCAGACCCCUUUGGAAGCCACCUCAGCCUGGCCCGCUCCAUGUUCGCUAUGGGGGGCCACCAGGACAGCGACGAUGAAAGCGGCUCAGGCAGCAGCAUGAUCGCCAUCGACAACAAGAUCGAACAGGCCAUGGACCUGGUGAAGAGCCACCUGAUGUUGGCGGUGCGGGAGGAGGUGGAGGUGCUGCGGGAGCAGAUCAAGGAGCUGGCCGAGCGCAACGCGGCCCUGGAGUGGGAGAACGGGCUCCUGCGCUCCCUGGCCAGCCCCGAGCAGCUGGCCCAGCUCCGCCGCCCCUCGGCCUGACCCCCACCGGGGCACCGCACGCUACGAUCCCGCACAUGUGAAGGGAGCUGCAGGGGCCUGGCUACUAACACAGCACGUGCCUUGGGGGACGGGAUGGAGCCAGGACGCCUGGGUUCUCUCCCCGGCUCCGGCAGAGCAGGGGGUCUGGGAGCCAGGACUCCUGGGUUCUCUCCCCGGCUCCGUCAAAGCAGGGAGGGCUGGGAGCCAGGAUGCCUGGGUU